AUGAAAACGUGUCACUUUCCCGAGGUUGGAGUAAUAACAUGUUAAAAUACUUAAAACAUUGUUUAGUAUCUAGCUUGUGCCUUUUAGAUAAAAACAAAACAAAGGAAGAACGUUUCGCUUCUCUUAACACCAAACCACGGCCUGCUUCGCAAGUGUUCCCGGAAGUCUUACGAUGUUGCGCCUCUGGGUUUAAAAACUCUGUGGCGAGAUCUCGGCACCAUUUUGUGAAGCCACUCAAGCCUGCGAGAGUUGUGGUGGGAAUAUUUGUAUUUUGUUGCUAGUGAGCUAGCAAAACUUGGUGUGAACUGUUAACGACUGACCAAACAUAGCUUGCUGUAUUUUUUUUAUAUAUAUAUUUUUACAAUAGCAAUUAGCUAAAUUAACGUUAAAAGUGGUCUCCUAACUUUUAAAACACGAAAGUUAGUUAUCAGUCUACGGAUGUCUGGAGAUAAUAUGUCGGGCGGCGGGAGCGUGGUUCGUGGCCCAGCGGGAAACAACGACUGUCGGAUCUACGUGGGUAACCUGCCGCCUGAUAUUCGCACUAAAGACGUGGAGGAUGUGUUUUAUAAGUAUGGGGCGAUCCGAGAUAUCGAUCUGAAGAACCGGAGAGGAGGACCUCCGUUCGCUUUUGUGGAAUUCGAGGACCCCAGGGAUGCUGAUGAUGCGGUGCAUGGCCGUGAUGGUUAUGACUAUGAUGGUUACCGUCUCCGGGUGGAGUUCCCCCGUAGUGGGCGUGGGGGAGGGAGAGGGGGUGGUGGCGGCGGCAGGGGUGGCGGCGAUGGAGGAGGAGCCCCAAGAGGACGAUACGGACCUCCCUCACGGCGCUCAGAGUACAGAGUCAUCGUCUCAGGUCUCCCCUCUAGUGGUAGCUGGCAGGACCUAAAGGACCACAUGCGCGAGGCAGGUGAUGUAUGUUACGCUGACGUGUUCCGGGACGGUACCGGCGUGGUGGAGUUCGUACGCAAGGAGGACAUGACCUACGCUGUCCGCAAGCUGGACAACACCAAGUUCCGCUCCCACGAGGGAGAGACUGCGUAUGUGCGUGUGAAGGUGGACGGACCUCGCAGCCCCAGUUACGGACGCUCCCGCUCUCGUAGCCGUAGCAACGGGCGUAGCAACGGGCGUAGCAACAGCCGCUCGCGCAGCUUCUCACCGCCGCGACGCAGCCGUCCCUCGCCACGCUACUCGCCACGACACUCCCGAUCACGCUCCCGCAGCUAGACACAAACCACAUACACACACCUCCAGCCCAGCGGCCCCCAGGGAGAGGAUACAUCAGACCAGGAGAUGGACAGACUGGGUGGACAUUCUAAUGAAUUACACCUAAUGUUCUCUUGCCUCGGCUAUCUCUUGUUCUUUCAUCCCCGUUUCCUGGUCUAGUUUGCCUCAGCUGUGGUUUUGGCUUAUGACCUCUGUUCUCUUUGUAUCUGCUGACCCCUCAUCUUCCCCCGCUCUUUCUCCCAUCUUCUCCCCCCCCCCCAUCUGUGUAAAGGGCUUUAAUUGUUCUGUUUCUGUUAGUUUUGACUGGGGGGGGAGAAGAAGAGGUUUCAUUUUGUGUUUGUGGGGAGGGAUGGUAUUUUCUUUGGCCUGUUGUGGUGUCUGUGAUGUGUUGUUGUGCUGACCUCUGACCUGUCUGUCGUGUCUCUCUGUAGAGAUCACAGGAGCAAGCUGAUAGGCUGCUGGGAAACAGGAAACUGUUCAUAUUAGGAUUAACAGGAGGAGCAGGAGGAGUCAAAUAACCAGCCAAUGGUAUGACGGCAGUAGUCUCUCAUCCAAUCAGCUGUCAGACCUGAUGUUUUAGUGACCAGUAAUAUUAUUGAGCUGGUUUUAACUUUCUACUCUUAACUCUCUCAUAUUAGAGUGCUUUGCCACCUCUCCUUCCCUCGAUCCCAUCCUCCCCUGGUUUUCUAUUCACGGUUUCUGGUCAGAGUAGCAUGCAUGGCAGUGUGCGUCUGUGGAGGUAGUGCGUCUGUGGAGGUAGUGCGUCUGUGGAGGUAGUGCGUCUGUGGAGGUAGUGCGUCUGUGGAGGUAGUGCGUCUGUGGAGGUAGUGCGUCUGUGGAGGUAGUGCGUCUGUGGAGGUAGUGCGUCUGUGGAGGUAGUGCGUCUGUGGAGGUAGUGCGUCUGUGGAGGUAGUGCGUCGGUAGGGUAGUGUAGUGCGUCGGUAGUGUAGUGCGUCGGUAGGUGGCAGUAUCAAUAGGAGAGUGUGUGUGUCUGGCAUUGUUAUUAGUGGUUGGUUAGUCUUGGUUCAGAGAACUUUAGUUCUAAUGUUGAGGUGAGUUUUCUUCUGUAAAUGUCUUCUCUUAAACACAGCUUUCAGAGCCAGCAGGUUGUGAUGGCUGAUUGGCUGUAGCUAGACUUGGGCGGUAUACCGUAUUUUACUAUACACAGAUAUUGAUGCAGGGACCGGUUUGGGUUUUUACUUUACCUUCUAGAACGAUAUUUGAACGUUUGGUUUGUUAAAUGUGAUGCGCUGUGUGUAACGUCCGUUUUUAUAGUUGACUUGGCUACUUGGGUCAUCUCUCGCCAUGCCACUUUCUAGCCCCGCCCCCCCCCGUCACUCAAGGAGCAUAAUUGUUGUUGCUUGACCAGGAGACGCUUGCGUUCAGUUUGCAUGGUCAAUGUAACACGUGCAACAAUGUUGACGACAACAAUGCUGUUUUCACUUUGCUUCUUAAUAUAAAUCUAGUAGCGUUCCAUAAUUACACUAUUAGUUUGUUUCUUACACCUGCAAAUUUGUAUUAUAGAAAGUUGGGCCUUAAUCUUGUUAGCCGCUAAUGCUAACUGCUAGCUCGCUAAUAAAUGAACCGAGUCAGAGCAAAUGUAACUAGCUAUACAGCCUGAUAAUACCAGUGAUGGUGUAGAACUAAAUCGGCAUGUUGGUACAACAGUAUUUUCGAAAUCAGAGGAACAUGUGAAUGUUAGUUACAUGAAGUAACUUAGAGAACCUUCAAUGUAGCCAAAGAUUAGAGUCCCAUAGGAAACACUGACCAUCACUUUGGUUCCUACCCUGUCACAAUAAAUCCUCCUGGCAUUUUCAUGUCAAACAACAACCACUAUUAUAUUCGAACUAUAGAAUUAACCCUGCCUAAUCAUUAUUUCCUUUUAUUUCAACGGUUCACCCAAGUGUUUUGCUCUAAAUCGCAAGUCCAAUUGCAACAUUUGGUUAAAAAUAAAGCCUAGUUUUUUUUUUUGCCCAUAUUGUGCAGCCAGUCUUACGGCAGUGUGGAAAUGAUCCUCAGUGCAGGAAACACAGAAAUGUAUGAAAAUGUUUUUGGUUGAAUUGAACAGUAGAAAACAAAGGAGAAAGACCCAUUUGAAAUCACAUAGUAACAAUACUCACAAAGAAAAUUAAGGACUUUUAUUAAAAACAUUAAAUACUGGCAUACCAUUUUUUUUUUUAAAUAUUGUUUUUACACCGUGAUAUAAUAUUUUGGCCAUAUCGCCAAGUCCUAACUAUAGCAGGUUGUGAUAGUGUGGCUGAUUGGCUGUAGCAGGCUGUGAGUGAUUCUAACCUGUUGCUCCUUCCUUCUCUCUGUUGGGUGCGGGAUCUGUCUCAAGGAGGGCUGUGAUUGGAGGAGGGCUCUGUCUCCCCGUCCUGGAGCCAAUCAGACCUUCAGGAUUCAGGAUCAGAGCAGGGAUUAGGAUUAAGGAUGGAGAGAGAACGCGGAGUGGGACAGGAGCAUAGGAUCGGGACCAGCCCCCAGGCCACAGCCCAGCCCACUGGAACCUAGAUACUAGACCUAAGUCACUCAAAUGGCUCUCAAACACCCAAAAUUAGUUUAUUCCCCCCCCCCGUGUGGACUCCACAGCGUCCUUCUAGGAUCCUGACCAGCGUUCUUUUAUUAUUUGAGUGGAGCUCAACGCAAAACCAGGAGUCUGGCUCAGGAUGGAGGGAGGCGCACAUAAGGAGAUUGGUAACUAGAAGGGAAUUACAAUCUGGGGGGGUUAAAUGUGUUUGUUCUAUAAAGGGAUUGAGAGUAAUGUGUUUAGUUUGUUUGGAGGGUGUGUUUUUUUAAAAGUUUAUUUUUAUUUUUAGGUUUGCAUUGUUUCCUCAGUAUAUUUUAGGAUUUGUUUGUUUCCCUAGUUGGUAACUUUUCAUGUUUCAGCACCUCUUCAAUAAAGUGUCUUCUACAGUA